CUUAACCAUCGUCCUCAUUUGACUUCAAAUGACCAUCAUGAAAUCCCAUCGACAUGUUUGUUUCCAUUUCCGGCUUAUGUGGUUACCUUUACUUUAUACUUAUCUGUUAGCUACUCUUAGCUAUGCAGAUCACCUUUUAGGUAAUCAAGAUUUCGAUGAUUCAGAUGACAAUUCAUUUCCCGGUAGACGUUGGAGCUUUUAUCGGCAACACCGUUACGAUAUUAAGAAACCAGGACCAACAUAUUUUUUUCAUGAACCUGAUUCCAAAGAGUUAAAAGAUGUUCAAUCAAGUAAUUAUUUCAACCCAAUUAAGCCUGGUUUUACUGAAGGUAUCGUCCAGUGGUUGCCAUUCGAUGGAUCGGUGAAAGGUGAUAAUAAUGAAAAUAAUAAUCCAGAUGAAACCAUGGUUAGAGAAGAUGAAAUUGAACCAGAAAGAUUAACAGCAAAAUUCACACCAGAUGAAGAACCAAGUGAACCUCUGGAAACGGUUGAUGACUUAGCUGAAUCAAGGCCACUUUUGGCAUUAUUAGAAGAUGUUGCUCAAUUAAUGGCAACAAAUAAUAAUAAAGACGAGCCCAUAUUGAUGGAAACCUUAAAUCAAGAUGAAAAUCAAGAAAAUGAACUAUCUCAAGACAAUGUACCAAUCAAUCGAUUCCAAUAUGAUCCAAAUGUUUGGAAUGCUUAUCAAGAUAAUCGUUUUGAAGUAAAUGAGCCAUUGGUUAAUUAUCUGUCCCAAUUACCUGAUCUAAAUGAUUAUUUAACUGUUCGUGAUGUUGCUUUAUCCUCCAAUCUUAAUCAAAAACCAAUUUUCUCGGAUAAUUUACUCUCUUCUUGGUCUUCAUCUGUUCCCGACGAGUCUGGCUCUAAUCAUCCUGUUGAGUCUCUUUCAUCUAAUACUGAAGCUCAUCAAAAAAUGGUUUCAUCUAAUGAUGAGCAUGACAAUGAACAAAGUGAAUCAAUUGAUAAAAGAUUAAAUUCAAAUAUCGAACCAAAUGAUAAAAGUUUACCAAAAGAGACACAGGAUGGCGCUCAAAGCUCUGUCAAUGAAAAUGUUGAAUUUGAAGAACCGUUAAGUUCAUUACCUUUGGAACCGAUAAAACUGAUUAAUCCAAAGGAAUUAAAUUUAGUCCUAGAUAGACCAGAUGCAAAGGUUAAAAAACGAUUUGUUACUUCACCUUCAUUAUCAUCUUUACCUUCAUCUUCAUCUUUACCUGGCUAUCCAAACCUUGAAAGUCAAUCUUCCCAAUCGUUGACUGUGCUCACAGUCUCAUUAUGUUUAACCGUGUUUGCUGCUCUCAUUGCUGGACUGGUUUUGUUUGUUAUCCGAAGGAAUCAAAAUUUACGAUCAAAACUACGUAAUCUAAUUGGUUCAAUUGGUUCAGCUGAAGAAGGAAAUGAAACUGCAUCCGAUUAUGAGGACCUUUGUCGUCAACGGAUGCAAGGUAAAAAUCGCAAGAAAUCUGAUAAAGAUGAAAGCAGUUCGCCUGGUUCAAAGGGUAAAACAGCUUCCUCUGGUUCAAACAAUAACAAUUGUGAUGUUAAAACGGGCAAAACUGGAACUGACAGUAAAUCAAUCGAUUCUGGACCAGAACCCUCACCACCAUCAAGAUCAUCAACCUCUUCAUGGAGUGAAGAACCAAUUACUUCCAAUCUUGACAUAUCAACUGGUCACAUGAUUUUGAGUUACAUGGAAGAUCACUUGAAAAAUAAAGAUCGUCUGGCAAAGGAAUGGGAAGCUCUCUGUGCAUACGAAGUAGAUCCAUGUUCAACCACAGCAGCACUUUUACCUCAAAAUGCAUCCAAAAAUCGUUACGCAGAUGUACUUCCCUUUGACCAUUCCCGGGUCAUUCUUAAUGAUCUAGCCAAUUCAAAUCGAUCUGAUUACAUUAACGCUUCCACCAUAACAGACCAUGAUCCUCGUUCACCAGUUUACAUUGUCACUCAAGGACCAAUGCCUUCAACUGUUGCAGACUUUUGGCAAAUGGUUUGGGAACAGGGAUCAGUCAUAAUUGUAAUGUUAACUCGUCUACUUGAAAAUGGUGUCGCCUCAUCAGCUCGCUACUGGCCUGAAGAGGGUUCAGCUUUGCAUUCCAACUUUGAGGUUCACCUUGUUUCUGAGCACAUUUGGUGCGAUGAUUAUCUGGUUCGCUCCUUCUUCCUGAAAAACAUAAAAACCAAUGAAACUCGAACUGUAACCCAAUUUCAUUAUCUUUCCUGGCCUGAGAAUGGUGUUCCACCCAAUGCAAGAUCACUACUAGAGUUUCGAAGGAAAGUCAACAAGUCAUACCGAGGUCGAUCAUGUCCAAUUGUUGUACACUGCAGUGAUGGAAUAGGUCGAACGGGUACCUAUUGUCUAAUUGACAUGGUCCUAAAUCGAUUAGCCAAAGGAGCCAAGGAAAUUGACAUCGCAGCCACGCUGGAACACAUUCGUGAUCAACGCGGUGGAAGUGUAAAAUCAAAGGCCCAGUUUGAAUUUGUAUUGGAAGCCAUUGCUGAAGAAGUCUCGGCCAUCCUCAAAACCUUGAAGCCCAAUUGAUUACGUGUUGAUUUCCAAUGAUUGAACCCAAAAGAAUUUAGUUUAUAAUCAAUCCAAUUACACACCAAUCAAUAUUAAAACAUCAAACAGUAAAAAAAAUGGAUAAGCCUUUAAACACAAACACAUCAACAACCUUAAAAUUGAUCGAUGGCAAAAGGGUCAACAAACAUUCUCCUCAUACUUAACAUUUGUUUUCAAGCUUCACAGAAAUAAAAGGAACCCGAAUUAUCAACAACCACACCUUCAAAGCAAAUCUUUAUAUACACCAUCAAUACCUGUAAUCAAACCAGAAUGGGAUUCAUAUUCAAGAACAGAGAAAAAGAAAGUCAUAACAAAGCCAUCUGCAUAAGUCCAUAUUGUUGGAUUGUCGUCAUCUUUGAUUAAUCAUUUCAAUUAUUUGUUUAAUUACCUUUGUUUUUGAGUUUGUUAAAUUUCAUGUUGAAUUCGUUUUGCUCUUUACAUUACUUUUCAUUUCAUUGAUUCAGAAAUGGUGACAAAUUUACUUUCCAUGAUUUUACAGAGAAGAGAAAAAGGAAACCAAAUCAAGCAAACAAACCAAAUACAAAUCAUCAAAUGUCUGUGUUGAGAUUAUUAACUUAAUUCUUCAAAUUGCUCUAACGCUAAUUGUUAAAGGCAAUCAAUCACUCGUCUUCUUAACCUUUAACCAUCAUUUCCUUGUUUCACCCCAGUCUUUACCUUCAUCAUUUACCAAGACAAAAUCUUUCGAGUUGAUUCCUCAUUUCCCAUUAAAUUCACAAGCAAAAUAAUCAAAAAAAACACUCAUUAAUUAAAGAAAAAUUAACUGAUUACCUGGAAAAUUCCAGGAUAAGAUAUUUAUGUUUACCUGGAAAUUGUUGUUUAGUGGGAUAAAAUAUACACACAAUUCAACAAAAAAGUCGUAAAUAAACAAAUAAAAAUCGUACCUCUACCUUGAAUUUCAA